AAAGAGAGGUCUUCCCCACACACAUUUUUUGCUAAUCCUCUCAAGGGAAUGUAAGAUAUCAACUCCUUCCCAUUGCGACCAACUUAUUAGUGCUGAAAUACCAGAUCCUAUUGCGGAUCCUGAAACAUAUCAACUUGUUAAAAAACAUAUGAUACAUGGACCUUGCGGUGUGAUCAAUCCGCAGUGCCCUUGCAUGGUUUUGUCACACGGUUCAACAGACCCAAAAUGCAGGAGCAAAUAUCCACACACCUUUUCCCCUCUCACAGUGUUUGAUGAAGACUGCUUCCCUUCGUACCGCAGACGUGACACUGGAAUUACUGUCGAAGUGAGGAAACACAAACUUGACAACCGUUGGAUUGUCCCUUAUAACAGCCAUUUGUUACGCAAAUUUGAUUGCCACAUCAACGUAGAAGUGUGUGCAAGUGUUCGGUCAGUGAAAUAUAUCUACAAAUAUGUGUAUAAAGGGCAUGAUCGAGUUAGCAUGUCAUUGUCUGAGUCGGGAGAGGAGGGUUUAAUAGAUGAAAUUUCUGAUUUUCAGAAAGCCCGGUGGGUAUCUGCACCUGAAGCUGCAUGGCGUAUAUUCAGUUUUCCCAUCUCACAAAUGCGUCCCGCCGUACUUCAACUGCAAGUCCACUUGGAAAAUGCUCAUUAUCUAACCUUUUAUGGUAACCAACGCAUAACGUACAUCACAGGUGCUAUGGAUUCUAUGAAAACAAUGCUAACACAAUUUUUUGCCAUGAAUGCAUCUGAUCAUGUUGCAAAAUCCCUGCACCUUCUUUAUGUUGAAUUUCCACAUUAUUUUGUUUGGAAUAAUCAACGUAAACAAUGGACUCAACGCAAACGCAAAGAAGUUAUUGGCAGACUUGUGACUGUGAAUCCCAUGGAAGGGGAACGCUAUUAUCUGCGACUCUUGUUAUCCAAUGUGCGUGGUCCCACUUCAUUUGUGGACCUUAAAAGUGUAGGCAGCGAUGCAAUGGCCACAUAUAGGGCUGCAGCAGAACGCCUAGGUUUAUUGUCAGGUGAUUUUGUGAUACGUGCAUCACUUGAGAUAUGGCGUUCAAUAAAAUUUUAUGUGGUUCAGUAAAAACAAUACAAGUUCCUUGCUUAAGGAAUCAUCUAUUUUCUUAGCUCUUUGAUAAAAAAAAUCAACAUAUUCUUGUUAGUUACUUCAUUCUUUCUUAGCUCUGUCCUGCUCCGCCACAUCGGGAAUUUCACUUUUGAAGUCUUACUAUUUGACACUGAAGGUUUCUCUCUCAACUUGGGUACACCACCUCCUCUUGAGUAUGACCUUGUACUGCCCGGAGACCAUUUCCCAGUGUAUGUAGAAUCUGCUAUGCCAAACUGCUCAUACAGACAGCUAUUUCGGGCUGCUUCGUUUCUAUACAUGCCCGGGAAAAUUGCAGAGGCGACAUGUGUUGUAUUUUUGAACCAGUGCUGCGAUAAACGCGGAAGGAUACUCAUUGAACAUGGGACUGAACCAGAGCAUUUCUUGGGCGUGGAAAUGGAUCUUUUGCAAGAAAUUCGCAUGGCUUUUCACAUCAACCAAACUUCCAGUCUGGCUUUCUUUAAGAAUGAUCGGGGCAGACUUUGCCUCCUUGCCAUUUCAACAUGCGGAAUAGAAGAGCCACCCCGUGAGAAACACGAGUACGAGAUUCGCAGCUUGGCGUACACCAACGUUGCUGACCAUGCUUGAUCCACUGCAACCUUUUUUUCCCUCAUGUCAUUUUGCUUGUUCCUUAUCUUUUCCUCAUUUAUUGCUGCUUGUUCCCUAUGUUUUAAAACUGCACUCCUUUAACUGCACUAAACUUUUAAUCUAUUAUGUCUCCCUUUACCCUUUUCUCCGUAUUCUGCAUUUCCUCCCACCCUUGUUCUACCGUUGGGCAUCCACCCUCGCGCGUAGCGCGUGCUACCGCUAGUGUUUAUAUAUGUGUGUAAAUAUGUUUUUUCUUUCGGUGUUACACUGCAUACCUCUUUCAUAGAUGUAGUUAUUCAAUAUUGGAUUGUAUGCUAGUAUUUUUUAAAGA